AUGGUACCAUCUGACAAGAGGGAACCCUCUGAAGACUCAUUUGAGACGAUGAUGGAGCGUAAGAAUCCAUCAUCAAAACAAAUGGAGUCCUCGGGGGGCUCAUCCAGCAGCGCCGCACAGGCCGAGGGUGCACAGGCCGAAGGUGUACAGGCCGAAGGUGUACAGGCCGAGAGUGCACAGGCCGAGGGUGCACAGGCCGAAGAAGGUGCACAGGCCAAAGGUGCGCAGGCCGAGGGUGCGGCAGGCAGCAGUCAAGGAGGCGGGGAAGAGCUGCCCACUGACGUCCGCCAAGACAUGGAGGGGCCAUCCAGUGGCCCGCAUACGGAAUUUAAGGACCCACCCAAUGACCUACUCCAAGACCUGGAGGAGUCAUGCGCCGCUUCCCACCUGGAAGUGGCGGGUUCCUGGGGUGGGGAGCCUGCGGAGAGAGAAGGGGCAUCAGCGAGUUCCUGGGGCUCUCAGGAGGAGGAAAGUGAAGACGAGGAAGAAGAAGAGGAAGACUUCCGCCCACCUGGGGCCGCGGCCCCUGAAGGGCAGCACGGGCAGCCCGGAGAAGGCGCCCAAGGCCCAAUGGCCGAGUUCCUGGGGCUGGUGCGCUCGCUCAUCUCGCUCUGCUUCCGCAUGCAAGACCUGCAGAGGCAGCUGCGGGCAGCCGAGGAGAUACUGCUCCAGGCCCUAGCGACCGGUCGCCUGCCCAUCCCGACCCCAUUCAGCGGCGACCGGCGCGACUACCCCGAGUUCAUCGCGCUGUGCCAGCUCAUCCUGCAGAGCCACCCACGCACCUCCGCCGAUGACGACCAGCGCCGCGUGGCCUACAUCGUGGGGCACCUGUCGGGCAUGGCCCGCGACUGGGCGCAGAGGCUGAUAGAGCAGAAUCAGCCCCUGGCCAGCGACUUCCCAGGCUUCCUCGAAGCCAUGUCCGAGAUGUUCGAGUAUCGCCACAGCGUCCGCGUGGCCGAAGAUACCAUGUUCAACCUGCGCCAGGGGGACCGCCCCGCCAUCGACUACAUCACCGAGUUCCGGGGACUGGUGCCCAUCCUGGGCUGGGCCGACGAGGUGCUGCAAGCCCACCUGUGCCAGGGCCUGCGUGAAGAGAUCCGCCACUACCUGUUCCGCGUGCCCAGGCCCGACUCGCUCGACUCGCUGAUUGUGCUCAUCCUACAGAUCGAAGAGAAGCUGGCUGAGCGCCGGGCCAUCCUGCGGCUGCCCCCAUCCGCCCGGCCUCGCAACCUCACCUGGAUCGACACGCCGGCUCCCGAGCGCUGGAUGGUGAGCAGCUGGCUGCCCAACGAGAUGCACCCGACCCUCGACCGCAACCAUCUCUUCCUGCUGCUGCUGGUCAGGAUCAACCCGUACCACAGUGUGGCCGUGCGCGCUCUGGUCGACUCGGGCGCCUCCAGCAACUACAUGGACGAGGGCUUCGCCCAGGAGCACUACGUGGAACUCUACGAGAGAACCUACCCAAACCCCGUGCAGAACCUGGAUGGCUCGCUCGUGGGCAACGAGCCCGUGUGGCUGUACACCGAGCCGCUGGUGUGCAUCCACCAGAACCACCAGGAGUCACUCGAGUUCGACAUCGUGCCCUCGCCCAACUUCUCCGUCAUCCUGGGCAUCAAGUGGCUCCAACUGCACAUGCCCGAGAUGGACUGGACCCGCGGCCGCUGCACCUUUCACUCGCCCUACUGCCUAGCCAACUGCUUCCGCCCGCCGCCCCCAUGCGUCGCGCUGGAGCGCCAUGCAGUCAGCCUGCUGCCCGGCUUGCCGCCCCCUUACUCCGACCUGGCCGACGUGUUCAACCCGAAGGAAGGAGAAGAGGCAUCCGACCAGCCAAGCUCAGACGGAUCCGAUGAACUUUCGGAAUCAGAGCCCUCUGAGCUUCAGCAGGCUGGAGACAGUGAUCAGAGCGAGACCUUCUACGACUGCCUGUCGUCCGCACCCUGGGAGCCUGUGGGGGCCGGGAUGCAAGAGAGCAGUGCCAUGCCCGCCCACGGAGAUGAGAUCGGUUUCGACAACGACGACGAUGACGAUUGGGACCCGUGGGGCAUGCUGAACAACACAGAGGACGACAUACAGAUGAUUCCUGAGCUGUUCAACCAACUCCACGGGGCCAUGUGGUUCACCAAGCUGGAGCUGCAGGGCACCAUCGUGGAGGAGGGCCUGACCAUCACGCACGUGGAGACAGUGUGGGCUGUCGCCUUCGGCCUGGACACCUCCAACCGCAUCUACACGCCCUUUACCCCCGGCUCGAGUCCCAUCAUCCGCCAGCGCACCAUGUACUACAUCCUCUCUGACUUGCUGGGCCUCUUCGUGCUUUCCUACGGCCAGGAUGUGCUCGUCUACUCCAUGAGCCAGGAGGAGCACUUCCGCCAUGUGCGCCAGGUGCUGGUGCGCCUACGCCGAAACCGCAUCUACUGCUCCCUGGACCGCACCCAGUUCCACCGCCACACGGUCGACUUCCUGGGCUUUGUCAUCAACCCCAGGGGCGUGAGGCUCAAUAAGAGCAUCAUCAAGACCAUCACGGGCUACCCCAUCCCGGGCUCCAAGAAGUCCCUGCGGCACCUGAUUCAAUUCAUCUUUCCCUACCGCCACUUCAUCGAGCGCUUCGCCAUCCUCACUGAGCCCCUGGUGCGUCAGCUGCUCACCAACCGACCCUUCCGCUGGACCGAGGAAGAGCAGGAAGCCUUCGACGGGCUGAGGCGAGCCGUGCGCAGGGCACCGCUGCUCCAUCACCCCAAGCCCCAGCACCCCUUCUACCUGGAGACGGGCGUGGUGCGCUCGGCACUGCAUGCCUCCCUCAUCCAGAUCGAGGAGCAGACAGGCAGGCGUGUCUGCUGCGCCUUCUACUCUCGCUACCUGACCCCCGAAGAAAACAACGAGUCACGCUUGCAGUUGAGGAUCCUCCCCAUCAGGGCUGCCUUCUCGGUGUGGUGCCACUACCUGGAGAACACCGAGGAGCCCAUCAUGAUCCUUCUCAACACAGAGGAUCUAGCCUCUCUGAAUAAUGACAGGCUCACCGUACUCCUCCAGGGGCAGUGGGCCGCCUUCUUCUCCAAAUACAACUUCGACGUCAUGGAGGAACCCGAAUGCGAGGACGGGCGCCCUCUGCCUCCCAGGCAGAGGCUCUCCUCCCGGAGCUUGGCAGGGGCCGCCUCGUGCGGCAGACAAGGCGAGGAGCGCAGAGCGUGUGCCAGGGCACGCGAGAGGGGCCUGAGGCAGCAGGAGUGCCUGGCGAGCCUCCCCAUCGAGCAGAUCCUGGCAGAUUUCCUGACCCACUUGGGCGAGGCCCAGAUCCGUUCAGUCCUCCUGCAUUUCUUCCAUGGCCUCCUGGACUGGAAGAACAACGUGGCCGUGGCCGCCCUGCUAGUGAUGUUGCGUGAGGCCCAGCCCUGCCCACUGCCCAUCAUGGCCAUCCCCAGUGGCACCCUGAUGCUGGUGCGCCACAGGUCCCUGCGCUCGCUGCUGGCCGCCAGCCUGGUCAGCUGCCCAAGGGCCGCUGCCAUCACCCGACUGAUCACACAGGUGCCCCCACUGGCGGGCGCCCACACGGUGCCUGCCCACGAGUUGGCUGAACUGUUCCUGGGCCCCGGUCACUGGCAGUGCCAGGCGCUGCUGCCCCGGGCCACUGGGACCCCGCGCUUCAGUCCCGAUUUCUGGCUGCUGCUCUGUGAGAUCUUCGGGGUCAGGGUGACCCUGGCCCAGGGCGGCCAUCGCGGCCUGCCUUGUCCCGCCCAGCCCCAUGUGCUGCACGUCAGCAGCGUGGAGAGUGACGAGGAUGUCGCCUUGCGAGCAGCCCUGCAAGACGACCUGCAAAAUUCCCGUCAUUCGGGCCUGCACGACGGCCUGCAAGACAGGUCGCAGGGCGCACAGGGGGCCAGUGACGUGCAGCGGGGCUCCACCCGCCCCAUCCACUUCCAGCUCCCCAGCCAGGCCAGGGUCUUGGCCUUCCUGCGUGCCCAUCAGCGGACCCUGCCCAGCCCCGAGUCCGUCAACGCCCUCAUGCACUUCCUGCGCAUCAUCUACGGGCACGUAGACCCCGCCCUGGAGGGCGCCUGGCUGGAGGAGUUCCUGGAGGAUGCAGACACACACGACCAGCAUGACCACUGA